UUGAUUCGAAAAAUCGUGUAAACAGUGGGUGCGGGCGAGAACUUGCUUUAUUCAACUUUCAUUGUGUUUCUCGAUCCGAUUAUACUCGAUUCUACAAACAAAGUAAGAAAAACACAUUUGGAGGUGGAAUUGUUGAGUGGUCUUCGCUUUAGAAGCUAAUUAAGAUAAAGACAAAGAAUGUCUGCUGAAAGCCCGACCCGUAGCCAUGGAAAGCUUAAGCCUGGAGGAAGUGAACCAAUAUGUAUGCUAACAACUUCUGAAUGUGAACCAGCAGUGGGUUGCCUUGUGGAAAUCCCAAAAGACCAUCAACUCAGAGAAAAACUUGGAAUUGGUAAAGCAUUUGACAGUAUACAGCAUUAUGCAUUUGUAGCUGCAACUUCAGCCUUCAAAGAUUCUAGCCAUGAGACCCAUGUGGUGGUUUGUAGAGGCUACACUAACACAGGCAAUAAGAAAUUCAAUAUCAAGCCAGGUCACAAGAAAUUGGUAGCUCCAGAAAUCGGCUCUUCACAAAACUCGACAUGGCUGCUUGUUUCCUGUCAAGAAGGGCUCAAGGGAUCACGUAUGCGAAAGUUCCUCAAAAAUUUGCAAAUUGUUGAUGAAGAAGAUCCAUCUCAGAUAUGCAAAAAUAACCAAGACCUUGUUGGGAUUGGAGUCAAAGAUGACAAACUCUUGUAUCAGCCAUUUAAAAUUGUCAUAACAGAUGACGAAACAUUCUGUGUUAGCAGAGAGAGUUUCAAAACUCUAAAACCUGCAGGUCCUGUCUUAGACAAAGAGAAAAACCAUGUUCUUGGCUAUUACUGGAGCAGAGAAAAUAAAAUGAUUAUUUCUUGGUUGGCAAGAGGUCAAGUUGUUGUUGAUAUUGCUGAUGAAAUUGUGUUCAUUGAUUCUGUUGAAAAGAAUGGAGAAGUGGUAUCAGAUAGAGAUAAACAACAAACACAGAGAACCGAUCAAAAAGCUGUACAAAAACCUAAAAUGAGCAUCUAUGAGAUUGAAAUGAAUAUUUACAGAAAGAAUAAAGAAGAAGAGCACACAGAAGUUUCUAUGCAAGUAUCAUCAGAUGAUCCCUUGGAGAAAMUAUGGGAAAAGGACAGUGAAUUCAGAAACCAAAUUUGUACGAGUUUGGAUCGAAUGUAUAAGAUCAAAGGGUCUGUCAAGUACUGGCCAAACCUUGCAGAAGAUCUCAAGGUCCAGAGGAAGGAAUAUGAGAAUUUCUCCAAAGGGGAGACGUUCAGCCCAUCAGAGAGAAUGUUUCGAUACAUCGAAGCUGCUAAACCUCGUCUAACUAUAGAACAACUAAUGAUUGCUCUGAAGAAAUGCGAAUUACUUGAUCUGCACUGCGUCUUUGAGAACUAUAUUGAUGGAGGUUACUUAGCUAAAGUCAAAUUUGUCUCUGAAAUGGGAGCAUUUACACCAGKUGUUCUUGGUCAAAUAAUGGUCAAGAUGGAUCAUUGUAUGUACUGGAAGCAACUGGCUACUCAACUUGAUAUCCCCAAGCGAGUCUUUGAACAGUUCGACGAGGAGUUGGUUAACAAUCCAACUCGACAACUGUUGCAUCUUGCUCACACUAGAAAUACAAAGAUAACUGUAGAAGAUCUCAAGUCGAAACUAGAAACACUGGACAGGGAUGAUGUACUAAAGGACUUUAAAGAAGUACCAGACAAGAUUGGAAUCGAUGCUCUCUUAAAUCACUUUGAUGUUACCGAGCACAUUGAAGCUAAGCUUAAUAGAGAAGACUCUUUCCUCCAAAACUGGCGCCAUCUUGCAGAGCUGUAUAAAGCUGAUGGUUUGAUUACCGAUGAGGAUAUCAAAAGCCUUGAGCCUGAGAAGGACAAUCGUAGUCCCACUGCAGGCAUGGUUCUCUUUGUAUUACAUAGAGAUUCUAKUGCCGUUAAGAUGGAAGACCUUGUGGUUCAUUGCGCUAAGAUACGACGUACAGAUUGCCUGAACAUUAUUUCACGAUAUCUCAAAGGUGGCUGGAAGGACAUAGACGACAUUUUAGAAAGACAUCCAGAGCUUGGCUAUGGAAAGUCACGAAGCAAGUAGAACUGAAAACAGUUGAAAGUCAAAUUACUAGACUUCACCGAGUCUUUAGCUAUUCCUCUCCUCUGCACUGAAGAGUUAUUUUCGAGAUGAAACCCUCCGUAUUUGUUUUUUAACUUUAACUAAACGAAAUGUGCUACAAAGUAGAGUUUAUUAACAUAUUCUGGCAGCAUCUGUUAUUUUAGAUAGAAUAUUAAUUUAUUUUACACAAAAGUAAACUAUUUUUAGUUUUUUUAACAAGGUGGAGGGCCAUAAAAGGGAAUUUAAUCAAGUAUGGUCAAAUUUGUCGCCAAGAAAGACUUACAAAGAAAAAUGAGUGGCAUUACUGGUCACUGAUUGGUUUUAUUCCAAGUGGGAAACAUAUGACUAAUUGCAUUGCAAAACAAAGUGGACACAGCAUUGCUGUGAUGCAAAUAUACAUAUUUUUUGUUGAUUGACAUGGUUUUAUGUUUCAUGACAUAUUUGAAAUUCGAAGCUAGCUAUACUUGUAAUGAUAUUCAAACUUCGAACGCCGCCUGAUUUUAACAUUACUGUUAAAACAAAAAAGUAAUCGAAUAUCCAUAAAACUACUCGUAAUACCAACAACACAGCAUUUGUUUCAAGAUAAACUGCAACUGACUUCAUCUGCAACUGUAGCAUGCAAUCUAGAUUAUUGACGUAACUACUGUAGUUGUAUAGCCAAAUUGUAGAAUAUAUUUACACAACGCAAUUCCUCUUAAUAGUAUAACAUGUAACAGUUUCAUGUUUUGAUCGACCUCUUUCGUUUCAUUUCUUAUGAAAAGGUCGGAAUAAUGUCGUGGCUAACUGGGGACUACAGCAGGCUUCAUAUGAACACGCCAAUGCAAACGAAAGGAAUGACUUUUUUCGUUUUCUUUCAUCUGAGUUUUCAUUUCAGUUUUCGCUUUGAUAUUGUGAAGAGUUACAUUUGCUCUUGCAUUUGCAUUGGAGUUGAUCGUGUGAGCCAGGAUCGAGUCUCAGUUGUAUUAUAUUUUAUCGUCUUUUCGGUUAUUCGCCCGAAUACUCCAAUUUCGAGUUCUGGUUUGCUUUGUGUUAGUUAGCCUCAAAACCAAGCAACAUAUUCUUUUGUUUUAUUGAGAAAGAAAACGCAUCGUGGAAUUUGAAAAGAAAGACAAUAGAAUUGAUUUGCAAUCUCACAUUUUUAUUUUCACAAUUAGUAGUGUUUUGCGCACAAAUGAGUGUAACACAACAAUGGAGAAUUUGAAACUGGAUUAUUGCAAACAUUUCGGCAUUGUUACCACCGGUAUGUAUUUAUCCAUAUAUGCUCAUGUAAUUUAGUGGCAGAUAUGUGCCGGUCCUUCACGAUAUGAAACUAAAAAUGUGAACACACGUAAUAACACCGGGUAAUAUUGAUCAAGGUAUAAACAAUAUGAUGACUUUAACUCGUGGACUGCAAGUUAAUCACUAUAUAGUUAACUUUAAAGUAACUUUUCUGCUAUACGCCCAUCUCAGACCAGUCGUCGUUCCCAGAUUGUCAAUAAGAUUGCUCUUCAUUACUAAAARCUAAAAAUUUAAUCGAAAUUUGAAGUACUUAGAAUGACAUGGUCUGAAAUGGUAAAUAAAAUACUCGACAUUCACUUAAAUGCAAAAACAUUGUCAUAGAGAAAUAGAAUAUUUACUCAUUGGUAAAAUACGUCAAAAAGACAAAAUACGAUCCCUUACGCCCAAUGAUUUCUUUUGCCAUUUUAUGCGUAUGUCUUUUUUAAGGUAMUAAUGUUCAAUUUCUUGCUGAAGCGAUUGGCUAUGACAAGGUUUUACAUUUAGGUGUACAUCAGAUAAAUUUAUGUUUCUGUAGUAAUAGUUCCUUUAUCUUCUUUUUAAGAUCGAACAGGAUGAAGAUGAAUUUUAACAUUUUUAGUUUGUCAUCACGUGUAAAACACAUAAGUUUAUAAAAUAAAUUGUAAAUGUUCCUCUGACUCAA